AUGAGACCAGCGCUCGCCCUGUGCCUCCUCUGGCAGGCGUUCUGGCCCCGGCCGGGCCUUGGCGAGCACCCCACCGCGGAUCGCGCGGGCUGCUCCGCUUCUGGGGCCUGCUACAGCCUGCACUACGCGACCAUCAAGCAGCGGGCAGCCCGAGAGGCCUGCAACCUUCGCGGGGGGGCGCUCAGCACCGUGCGCGGGGGCUCAGAACUCCGCGCGGUGCUCGAUCUUUUGCUGGCUGGCCCCGGGCCCGGAGGGGGCGCCAAAGACCUUCUGUUUUGGGUGGCGCUGGAGCGCAGGCGAUCCCACUGCACCACGAAGGACGAGCCGUGGAGGGGUUUCUCUUGGUUGUCCCCCGACGUCGGUGGGUUGGGAAGCGACACGCUGCAGUGGGUGCAGGAGCCCCAACUCUCCUGCACUGUGCGGAGUUGCGCGGCACUACAGGCCACCCGCGGUGUCGAGCCCGCAGGCUGGAAGGAGAUGCGCUGCCACUCGCGCGCCGACGGCUACCUGUGCAAGUACCAGUUCGAGGGCUUGUGUCCUGCGCCGCGCCCCGGGGCUGCCUCUGGCUUGAGCUACCGCCCGCCUUUCCAGCUGUACAGCGCGGCGCUGGACUUCAGUCCCCCAGGGACCAAGGUGAGUGCGCGCUGCCCUGGCCAGCAAUCCAUCACAGCCACCUGCAUCGUGGACGAAGUGGGCGCUCGCUGGGACCGGAUACCCUCUGGGGCCGUGCUCUGUCCCUGCCCCGGGAGGUACCUCCGUGCAGGCAAAUGUGCAGCGCUCUCUAAUUGCCUAGACGACUUGGAAGGCUUUGUCUGUGAGUGUGCUGCGGGCUUCGUGCUGGGGAAAGACCAACGCUCUUGUGUAACCAAUGGAGAAGGACAGCCGGACCCUGAGGGAACCAAGGUGCCUACUUGGUACCCGUCGGCCACUGCAGCCAGCCCGUUGCAGAGGAGAUGGUCACCCAAGGUGCAUGAGAAACCAGAAGAGAUUCCCCAUAUCCCUGGACAGGGCAGUUCAGCAACAUAUAUUCCCGAGAUUCCUGGGUGGGGAGCACAGAGCACGAUUCCCACCCUUGAAAUAUCCCCUCAAGUCAACUCAACGGCCCCUGUUACUUCUUCAGGGAACAUGAUUUCCAAGUCUAAUUCCACGUCUUCCUCUGACAUUCCCCAGGCUAUGGAUUCCUGCUCCACCGUGGUCUUCAUACUUGUGAGCAUAGCAGUAGUAGUGUUGGUGAUCUUCACUAUGUCAGUGCUGGAGCUUUGCAAACUCUGCUUUCACAAAAGCUUUUCCACUAGGCCACAGAAGGGACCCUUGGCCCCCGCUGACAUGGAGAGCGACGCUGAGUCCACUGUCCUGCGCUCCAAUUCAGCACAUUGUACAGACAAUGGGGUGAGGUGCAGUCUGCAGGAUAGAGCAGAGGGAGUCUCUUUCCACUUUGGAGACCCAGAGAGAAACGGAACAGUGAGCACUUCUUGUGAGCAGUUUUUCACUUUCAAUGAAAAGGGAAAAGGAGAGGAGGGGCUUAUCUGUGGAACUGACGAUUCCUACAGAAGUUCCCUUCCCCUAAAUUCCCUCUACUCCACCGAGGGGCUACAUAUGAACUGGAUGCUCCUUCUCUAG